CAUCGCCUCCUCACGGAGGAUAGUUCUAAAUUCACGCUUGAACAAGCGGAAAAAAUUAUCGCUACGUGGGAAAUGGCGGCAACUCACACCAGGGCUCUAUCGAACAAUGAUGACAUCGGAUUGGUAGCUUCCAUGAAUGAUCGUCACCCUCUAACUGGAGGAAGAGGCGCGUUAGUGCGGCGGAUGAAGGAGUUAGCCGAAGGUUUCCGUCGUCCGGUGAAGAGUCGACUUGGUGUGCGACCAGAAAUUCGCCCUGCUGAGGAGCGCCAUCAUUAUUCGCCGCGGCCUCGCUUCCCAUCGCAUACUGCACAGCGCCGGGAUCAGUCAGCUGGUCCGUCUCAUCAGCGAAACAGAGCGAAUGAUCAACAACGGGUAGAUCAGCGUAUUUGCGACUACUGUGGGCGCAGAGGUCACGUGCGGAGGAAGUGCUACAAGCUGAAGCAGGAAAAGAGAGGGACUGUGCAGCACAUCGACACCCUUGCAGCUGCAUCCAGUACUGGUAGCUUGGCUGAGCGAUUGACACGAUUGAGGUCCAUGGAUUGGGACUCGGAUGGUAAUGAUUCAGAUCAUGGUUGGAAACGAGGCGACAACCACCGUCCAUCCCACUCAAAUCAGAGUCGCUAAGGAUGGACGCGGCACAUCGGGCGUGCCAAGGCGAGCGAUGCGUGUUGUCGAGGAUGGUUGGCCGUUACCGACUGACGAUGACACUCCUGGUUCUGGUCGGCCGUUUCCGACUACCGUUGAACCCGCGAUGGCACCCUUACCCCUAGAAGAGAACGAUGUCUGGCAGUUACCAGAUCCGAGCGCGAGGCAGACCCCAGCGCUAUCAGAAGAAAGUGAAAUAAUAAGAAGUAGAAGUAGGAAAAGAAAAUUUCCGUCAGAGCCGGUAGAGCUUUCUGGCCUACCUAGGCGAUCAAAAAGAGCUAGGAAACCUAGAAUAGAAAGUGAAUUUGAAUAUUUUUAAGUUAUUGAAUUUUUGUUCUUUCGGAUAAUAGCCUUUCUUAAAGGAGGAAGAGCUGAAGUAUAUUGUAACGCGAAAUCGAUUAAUUACACUUUAGCGUGUAUGCAAGUUUGACAGGUCUGCGCUGCGCGCAACACUGUCUGAGUUUUGUUUAUAACAAUAAACGAACCAACAGCUUCUUUCCAA